AUGGACAGGCCACCAGCGUCUUCUAGACAACCCAUCAGGACAGUGGGAGGAGAUGAGAUAAGAGAUAUCUUUGGAAGAGAGACACCAAGAAGGCAUUGUAGCUUGAAGUUAGCUCUUAAAUAUCAUCAAAUCUUUAUUAUUAUGCGGGGAAGCGGAUCUUCCAACCUAGGAACGGCUGGAGACGUCUGGUACUA